AUGAAGGGUAAGCUGGCAUUUUUUUUUAGAAAUUUUUAUAAAAUUUUUAAAAAAUUUCAGGACUCGCUGCUAUUGUCGGACUCUUGCUUUUGACGCUUUUUGGAUGUUCGACGGAAAAAUCGACAGAAGAUGGAUAUUUUGCGGCUGAAAAUUCUGGAAACGGUAGGGUGGCCUAGAAAAUGCUCGGCCAGGAGCUUGAGAGCGUUCUUUUUCCAUGAAAAUCCCCGAAUUUUGUGGUUUUCAGUGCGACAAAAGCGGUACACGACGCCGAACGAGACGGCUCAAUCGGUGCUCGAAGGCUACCGGUCGCAGCAGUUGAACAUUCUCGGAUUCUACGAAAACCUACGAAACUUGUACCUUUCGGGCGGUUUCUCGAAAGGAAACGUCUUGAAUUCGAUGAUUUUGGACGAGAAUAUCAUACCGCCCGUCGUGUGGGAACAACUGAUUCGCGGCCUCGAACGCACGCGCUGGGAGAUCAAAAACGGAGAGCUUGGACUGAAAAGGACCGCCGCGCUGGUCCUUCUCAACUCGCCCGAAGCGUUGCUCCGCGAGCCGUGGGCCAUGAUGUUGGCACAAGUCGUCCAGGAGCGAAUUUCGGCGAAAAAGGACAGUGCACACGCGUUGCGCGACCUCGCCCACGCACUUUUGGCCGGCAAUCUGACGAGGACCGCCUACGCAAACGGCACCGAUCUUCGACAAUUCCUAGCGGAUUUUGUGGACGAAAACCUGAAAGAAUCGAGAAAAACGACAGAGCAAGUGUUGGAACUGUUGAAUAUUGUGCAUCAUGUGGUCGGACCCGAGGACGAGUUUGGCAACAUUUGUGGAAUACUCGAGUCGAUUCCGUGGCAAGUUGGAGGCAUUUUGACGGAGGAUUCAAAGGUAAUGGAGGACGGAUUCGGAAUCAGCACAAAAAAUGCAAUGUUUUGAUAUAUAUUAUGACCUAUUUUGAGCAUUUUUUGUGUCUAGAUAUUGUCGACUUUGCAGAAUUGGUAUUUUUGGGAUUUAGGGCAAUCUAGGAAUGUUGAAAGUGUCAAAUUCGAAUUCAGCGAAAAAAAUGCAACAUUUCGGUACCCUGUUUGACCUAUUUUGAGUUGGGUUAACAAAUGUACAGGCGAGACCCGAAAAUAUGAAAAAUCUCUCAAAACUAUGACAAUAUGGGUAUCAAAACUUUUCAAAUCACCCGUAGAACUUGAAAAUCAUGCGGCGACAACGCAAAAAGUACAGUAACCCGUGCAAUCUACGGUAGGCAAAAAAAAUUUGUUUUUCAAAAUUGGUCACAAUGUAUGUCAAAAUGUUCCAUGUGUUCUCCUGAACUCGAAUAUCACACUUACACCCUCAUUAGAGCAAAAAACGAUUAUUUUCAGAUCCUCAGCCUGUUCACUCGUGAUCUAUCCGGAUUCGUGGUCGACGCGGACAUCGGCUUCAAGUUGGCCAACUCGAUUCGGACCAAUUUUCAACGCCUCGGCAAUUUUAGCCUUAAUUCGACCGAAAAAAAGUUCAUCGACGAGUUCACCGAGUUGGAAUUGAGGGUCCCAUGGACUAUUGAGGUCCUUGGACCGAACGGGACCGCCUUGAAACCGACUAACAUCACCCGAAAAGCAAAAAGUGGCCAGGAAAUGCGUAAACUGCUCGGAGACUUCAAACUUUUGAAUUCGACAUUUCAAAGUACGACAUUUGAUGCUCUGGUGAAUGGAAUCGGAAGUAUGGAAGAUGUCAAGUCGACAGUAAUCCUCAUGGCUCGACUAAUCGAUAAUCUGAAUGGAUCCGUCGAAAAUGCGAUCGCUAUUGUCAAAUCCGCGAAAUCGGCGCUCGAAAUCGAUCCGCAAUGGCUGACAAAACUCGAGGCGGCCUCCGAUAUUGUCGAUCGUUUGUCGAUGAGCUCGAAAGACACGGAGCGGUCGAACGGGACCGUGGAGGAAGGAUCCGUCGGCUCGAACACCCCCCACCGAACCCUCUUCGAUCUCUUCCUCAACGCGAAUUUCACGAGCGGCGGUCCCAUUGGCUCGCCGCUGUUCCCCUACUCGCAGCUGGUCGAUCAGGAGGAAAUGAUCAAACUUUUUGCCGCGUUGAAAGUGGUCCCGAGCGAGCGGAUCCACGAAUUGUUCAAUUUUGUCAAGAGGAAUAAGACGAUGGACUUCAAGGAACAAGUCGAAAGGAUACAGGUUUUGAAAAUUCAUAACUUUUUUCAAAAAAAUGCAACAGACCCCCGUUUUGGCUUAAAAUGACGGUAGUUGAUUGGAGAAUGUAGGAAAAAUAGUUUCAUCGGGUUAAUAUCCCUCUAUUCUCGUACAAAAAAGCCGAUUCCAGGACGGUUCUCUCGUGUCCGACAUGAACAAAUACUUUGGGACCAGCAUCUCUUCGGCCAGCCUGGACGAGGCGCAGAACGUCCGUUCGGUGCUGCGGAUCAUCGCGAACAUCUCGGGACCGGCGCCCGAACCGCUCUCCUACCUCUACUCGUCGCUGUCGAUUUUCCGAUCGGCCGGCCCGAAGAACGCGGCCGCCUUUCUCGCGAAACUCUCCAAUCUCACGGAAUUGGCCCGCGACGGCGCGUGGUUGGACACGUGGCAAGCCCUUCAGGACAUGAGUAUUGUGCUUUUCGGACCGCGCGCCAACUUGGAAACAUCACUGGAACCGUUUAAACUCGAAAAGUUCUCAUCGGAAACGUCGAGUUACCAGGAGAUAUUUCUGGCGCUUCAAAUGUUGAUGGCGUCUGAUUUGCGGAAAGUUGAGGCGAAACUCCGCUUCAUCGAGGCAUUUUUCGGUCCGCUAAAGUCGGCAGACGUGAAAACGGUGCUGAACGGAUUGGGAGUGGACGCGCCGAAAAUCAGAGCGAUAAACGAGGCGACGAACUCGGUGGACGAUCUGGUGGCACUGCUCCGCGCCUCCGGAUCCUUUGACAAACUCGUCCGACUGCUCGUGUUCCACCAGUCGUUCACCACCGAUUUCAACAGUCCCACCGAGUCGGUCCGCCUGAUCACCGACAUGAUUGUCUAUUUGCAGAUGAACGGAUUCACUAGCAAGGUGAGACUCUUCUUUCGUUUUUUUUGGUGACAUUUUUGUUUCUCCAGAUCCAAGGAUUCAAGAAGCGAAAGUUCAGCGGGAGCCACGACGAUUUCAUGCUCGACAGCUACGCCGGAUCCAUGUCAAAAAAGUGAGCAUUUUUGCCCCCGAAACCUCCAAAAACAACGUCCUUCAGAUCCAAAUCGAAGCAGUCCUCGUGA